GUCACUCGCUACGUCGUUCGUUUGAAGCAGCGCAAAUCCUGCAGCCCCAGGCUGUGAUAUAUACACUCGUUCUUUGUUUGUGUGCCGUUUUUGGUCACAGCCAGUCGUUUAUGAAGACAUUCGUUUUGCGCGCUUAAUUAUCAGCCAGCAACUUUUUCAAAGAAAUCGCAAAGAGACAACACAUUUCGCCAGUUUAUUUUACUCGUCUCCAAACAAAUCAAGACCAUCUUCACCAUGGCUUCUCAGCAGACUCCUCCAAAGGUCGAGAGGGCGGCCCAGAAUAACCUUCCCGAAGAUAUGAUUGCGGCGGGCUUCCAGCCGUAUUACCAGCCAUAUCCAGGCCAGCAGCAGACCAUCGCACCCCCUCCGCUUGAGACGAGCAAACGUGCCGAGUUCACCAGACUGGGAUUCUUUGGGGCUGCCCUUCUUUUGGGUAUCAUUGGCUUGGGUCUUUCCUUGUCGUCUCUUGGAGGCGAUGACAUUAGCGUGGCUAUUGCUGCGUUGCCUGCUUCUGCCAUUGCCACGAUAUGGAGUCUGGCCGAGGUCAUCACCAGAGCAGUCCGCAAAUUCAAGAGGGGCAUCCACCCUGGCGCCCACGUCGGCGUCUGUCUCAUCAUCUGGAUGAUUGCCAGCGUCACCGGCGGCAUGCUCUGCACAUAUGUCGCCUUGUACAACGGCUACGAGGACGACGAAGAAUGCAGCUUCAGCACCACCGACGGCGAGGGCCGCGUAUCCUCGUACGACUGUGCGCCCCGAGAUCCCGCCCCCAAGGGCAAGAUUGUCGGCUCCGCCGUCAUCACCUGCAUGCUCUUUGCACUCAACUUUGGCCUCUUCAUCGACGCCUGCAUCCAGACGCACAGGCGCAACGCCGCCGCCAAGCGUCCCAUCAUGGUGAUUGCGCAGCCGCAGGGCUGGCCUGCCGCACCUGUCCAGAUGCAGGCCCCUGCGGCCGCGGCGAAGGAGCCUGCGAUUAGGGAAUACUACGCUCCGGCUUGAAAAGGAAAUGGCCGAGAUUUGUCUGUUUUAUGAUGAAGCGAGAAGAGGGUCAAGGGAAUAGCAAGAUUGGACUGAUUAUACGUUUAUACCUUUUGUGGAUUUUUUUUUAUACAACGAAAAUAUGAUUCUAUGAAGAUUUCGGCGUUGGCUGGCCGUGUUUAGAUAACGUAUACCUCUGUAAUGAUAAUACUCUUGGGCCGGCAAUGGCGAAACCUGAAACUGCAAAAUUUUCCCGCAGCAGCUGUACCCUAACUAGCUCGUCCCCAAAUGUUUGACAAUGUAUG